AGAAAAAGAGUUUUCACUAAAAACCGAAAAAAAAAAUUUUAAAAAACAAAAAAAACAAAAUAUUAAAUAGAUCAAGGUUAUAAAACAUUAAUACUUUUGCUUGUAUGCCUGGUUGCGAAUACGUUUACACCGGCCUUAGUUUGUCCUACGUUGGUGCGGCAGCUUUAUCGAUUCAGGUUUUGUUAGUUUUAUGAUGGAACUAUUGUCCAACAGUUGCAUACCUAAGCAAAUGGCGUCAGCAAGCAGUAAUAAUACAGGUUCAAAUUUGGCUACUACUAAUGGCAGCGCAGCAACAACCGAACGUUUGCUAGCCGGCAUUUUGGAUACUUUUCCUUCGUGGAAUAUGGGUGUUGGGAUGGGUGGAGGAGCCGCACUGAUAGGCAACAAUGGUGGCAACGGUGCUAUAAAAAAUAACUCACCUUCCCGCCAGGAUUACGAGUACUUUUACAAUAAUUUUCAUGCAACGAAUGAAUUUGGCAUCGGACCUUUGGCUGGAUUAGGUGGAGCAGCGGUAAAUAGCAUUAGUGGUGGUAGUGGUGGUGGUGGUGGUGGUGGUGGUGUUGGUGUUGGGAUGGGUGCUGGUAUGCGUCCUAAGAUAUCGCCAGAUGCUUCAAAUAAUUCCACCAUUAAUUGCGGUUGGUGCGAUGUAAAUGCCUCGAUUCGUUGUCUGGAAUGCAAUGAAUUCAUGUGUAACGAUUGCUUACGGGAACAUCGUAAGAGUUCCUUAUCUUCAAAUCAUUCGAUCGUUUCUUUGCCUAGGCCUAUCGGAACCUCGCCGACCAGUGCCAUUUCUAAUAAUAUGCCCGUGGCACCAGCCCCUAGUUAUCUAUGUGACCAACACAAUGAAAUUUUACGUUAUGUGUGCGAAUCUUGCAAAAAGGUAGUCUGCCAAUUUUGUACCUUACAUGAACACAAGGAACAUUGUUACUCUUCGAUACAAAGUUUCGUAGAAGAUUCGCGCGAGAAGAUCGAAGCCGCCUUAGAAAGCGGCCGAAUGGGUACCACAUGUAUUAAGAGUGGAAUUGAUAAGGCUUUAUUAUUCAUACGGCACAUUGAGAAGAACUGUGUUGAGUUAAGCGAUAAUAUACGCAAAGCUUUUCGCCAAUUCAUUAUAGCAGUAGAAGACCGCGAACGGUUUUUGCUAGAAUUUGUGGAAAAGUUACGCCAGCGGCGCUUAGCUACAUUGCAUGAGCAAAUGGCCGGCUUAAAGUCCGCCCUCGCUGGACUGGCCGAAACCUCAGAUAUGUUAAACAAAGUGGCCGAGAAUGGCGCGCGUUUAGAUCUCGUAGAUGUAGCCAUGAAAGUAACUAACGGACAACGUCAAUUAGAACAAUUUGCUGCCAUUUACAAAGACUUACAACCAAAGGAGGAGACCUUUGCGUUUGUUAUUCCCGACUAUUCAUUAUUGCACGAUAUUCGCAAUCAAGGAGGCAUUAUAGUGGUCGAUGAGAACGUGCCAGCCGUUAAUAAUACUGUUGGCAAUAUAGCGACAUCAGGUGUGGGCUCUGAACCAGUUAUCCCAGCUGCUGCCAUUCCUAAUGGCAGCAGCCAUUCCGUAGGCCAAGGAGCUAUAAGGCGUCCAUUUGUACACGACAUUUCCUAUCGCAUACCAUCACCAUCAGUUGUGCCACCACGUGGCGGUAGUGCUUGUGGAAUGCCUAGUCAUGGACAUGAUUGGGAGCUUAGUGUCAUACCUAAUUCUCCUUGCUUGCACUUCGGUGCUCCCCGUUCGACUCCGGCAAUACCGGGUGCAAUUGAGCCGGUUAAGGCUCGCAACUCGCGUGCUUUAUCACUUUCCUUUGCCACCGAAGGUCACGAAGAUGGACAAGUUAGCCGCCCUUGGGGUCUUUGUGUGGACCGGAUUGGUCACAUUCUUGUUUCAGAUAGGCGCAAUAACCGAGUGCAAGUUUUUAAUCCUAAUGGUUCAUUAAAAUUUAAAUUUGGCCGUAAAGGUGUUGGAAACGGUGAGUUCGAUUUGCCCGCUGGUAUUUGUGUGGAUAUCGACAAUCGCAUUAUUGUGGUGGACAAAGAUAAUCACCGAGUGCAAAUUUUCACCUCAAGUGGUGUGUUCUUAUUAAAAUUCGGUAGUUAUGGUAAAGAGUACGGCCAGUUUCAGUAUCCCUGGGAUGUGGCAGUAAAUUCACGUCGUCAGAUAGUGGUAACUGAUUCACGAAAUCAUCGCAUACAGCAAUUUGACUCAGAUGGUAGAUUUAUACGACAAAUUGUGUUUGAUAAUGUUGGACAAAAUAAAGGCAUAGCCUCGCCACGUGGUGUAUGCUACACACCUACUGGCAAUAUAAUAGUUUCGGAUUUCGACAAUCAUUGCUUGUACCUGAUAGAUCCGGAUAAAAAUGAAAUUUUGUCGGCCAAAGGUCACGAAGGAUCUGGAGUACAGGAAUUUAAUCGUCCUUCAGGUUUGUGCUGCGAUGACGAAGGCCGGAUUAUAAUAGCCGAUUCUAAGAAUCAACGUAUCGUGGUCUACAGUCCCACUUUGGAUUAUCUAUGGGGUAUCGAUAUACGUCCAUAUAUGAAUCCCUUUAUGCCACCCACUUUAGAUGAAAAAGAUCGUACUUGUGAUGUGGCUUUAAUGCCCGACGGCAGAAUUGUUUUCCUGAUAGAGCUUUCUCCUGAUUCCAAAGAGGGAUCUAAUCCCUAUAAACGUUUUGUACACAUUUUUUAAUUCUUCAGCAAUAAUAAAAUAACUCACGCACACACCUUAUAUGCGUAAGAAAAUUUGAGGACCGAAUGGGUAAUUAAUACUACAACAAAUAACAGCAACAAAACACUAAAAACUAUUAUUAGAUAAAGUUGAUGUCAAUGACUCUUUAGCUGUAGUAAAAAAAAAGGAAAUUAUUACUUUUUAAUUAGUUAAGGUGUACAACGAUUACCUCGUUAGUGUUUAGGGAUCAGAUUUAUAUCAUCAUGCAUCAAUAUACAUACACUCCAUUUUAAACAUUCAAUAAACAUGCCCGAACAUGUUUAGCCUUUGUUGUUGUCCCUUUUGACCAAAAUUCAUAAAAUUUAUGUAAUCAUUAUGUACAUACAAAUACGCAUACACAUCUAUAUAUAUAUAUAGA